CCUCGUCUCCUUCAGGCUUUGGCUCAAUGGCUCUUUCUCCUACCUUUCCGCUUCCAAAUCCCUUCCCUCAUUAGACGAGGGAUUCGUGCUUCACCUCAUCUUGCUUCGUUGUCCAUACGUCAGUGACGCCCCCGCUGUUUCCUCUCAUUCUAAUUAAAGGGCGACGAGAGCUCUUUUAUAUCCCGCUUCUCUUGGUUAAUCCACGGCUUCCGCGUCCCAAUCCGUCGCUGUCUCAUCGAUCCUCGCUAUAAAAAUCUGAGCUUUAGCCCCACCAUCCCAUCAAAAUCCCACCUUGCGCCCCUCUCUCCUCGCACCUCCCAACAUGGGCACGGUUCCCAUGGCUUCGCUUGCCGUCUUCCUCCUCCUCGGCCUCGCCGCCGCCUUCGCCGCGCCGGACAUGUCGAUCAUUAGUUACGACGAGGAGCACGGCGCGCGGGGCUUGGAAAGGAGCGAGGAGGAGGUGCGGCGUAUGUACGACGCGUGGGUGGCGGAGCACGGGAGGGUGCACAACGCGCUGGGAGAGCGGGAGCAGCGGUUCGAGGUGUUCAAGGACAACCUGCGCUUCAUCGACGCCCACAACGCCGACGCCGAGGCGUACGGGUUCAGCCUUGGUCUCAACCGCUUCGCGGACCUCACCAACGAGGAGUACCGGGCGACGUACCUGGGCACGAGGGCCGGCGGCACUGCCCGCCGGCUCAGGGCCCCGAGCGACCGGUACAGGCACGAGGCGGGCGACGAGUUGCCGGAGUCCGUGGAUUGGAGGGAGAAGGGUGCCGUGGCAGCCGUGAAGGACCAGGGGAGCUGCGGGAGUUGCUGGGCCUUCUCCACCAUCGCUGCGGUGGAAGGGGUAAACAAGAUCGUGACAGGCGAUCUGGUGACUCUGUCGGAGCAGGAGCUCGUGGACUGCGACAGCGCCUACAACCAGGGAUGCAAUGGCGGACUCAUGGACUAUGCUUUCGAGUUCAUCAUCGGCAACGGUGGCGUCGACACCGAGGACGACUACCCUUACAAGGCCCGCGACGGGAAGUGCGACCAACACCGAAAACUUGCUAAAGUUGUGGUGAUCGAUGGAUACGAAGACGUACCUGCGAACGAUGAGAAGGCCCUGCAGAAGGCUGUCGCGAACCAACCUGUGAGUGUUGCCAUCGAGGCUGGCGGCAGGGAAUUCCAGCUCUACAAAUCGGGAGUUUUCACGGGAAGAUGUGGCACAAAGCUGGAUCAUGGUGUAGUUGUUGUUGGCUAUGGUACUGAAAAUGGCAAGGAUUACUGGAUCGUCAGGAACUCAUGGAGCAGUGACUGGGGAGAGGCUGGCUAUAUCAGGAUGGAGCGCAACUUGAACACGUCCACCGGCAAGUGCGGGAUCGCGAUAGAACCUUCUUACCCCACAAAGAAGGGUCAGAAUCCGCCCAAUCCUGGACCGAGUCCUCCCUCGCCCGUGAGCCCUCCGAUCACGUGUGACAAGUACUUCUCCUGCCCGUCGAGCACCACUUGUUGUUGUGUCUAUGAGUAUGGCAGUCACUGCUUCGCCUGGGGAUGCUGUCCUGUUGAAGGUGCAACCUGCUGUGAAGAUCACCGCAGCUGCUGCCCCCCUGACUUCCCCGUCUGCAAUGCCCAGGCCGGAACUUGUCAACUGAGCAAAGACAACCCACUGGGAGUGAAAGCUCUUGAUCGCAUUCCUGCGAAGCCACAUUGGGCAUACUCGGAUGACGAGAGCAAGAAGAUCGAAAUAUGAAGAUUCAUGCAUUGAUUUCUUUGCGGAGAGAAUUAAGAUUGCCCCAGUGGCUCAAACUGCAUACUUCUCCCCUACUUUAUGAACUGAAAGCUUAGCUUGUUGCUUAUUUGACAAGUGUUCAAAUUUCUAAUGUCAGACAAGCCAAAAGAUGGUUUACUGCUUAAUCAUGUAUAAUUCAAGUUGUCAUUUGCUUUCCAAGAUACAACCUUCAAAUGAGAUGUUGUAUGAGCCCAUUCACUUUUCA